AUGGUAAUUGCUUAACAUUUUUAGAGUGAAGUUCAAAGUGGGGCAUUCAUGUUCCUAAAGUCCACAACUUUUUUAAGGCCUGGACUCUUGAUCCACUUGUGAUUAUCCGAUCGAGCCCAAACUUUGCAGGCUUUUUGGACUUGGAUUGAAGUACGUUAGGACCACGUUUCAGACCGAUCCGAUCAUCUGGUCCCGAGAUAUGUGGGCCAGAGGCGGAAAAGGCCGCAAUUCUCGCAAAAACUGUCUCGGGACGAAAUGAUCCGAUCGGUUUGAAACUUGGAGCCAACGCACUUCAAUCCAAGUCCAAGAAGCCUGCAAAGUCUGGACCCGAUCGAAUCCUGGCAAGUGGGUAAAAAGCCUGGGCCCAAAAUGUUUCCUAUAUUUCAAAACAAUUUUUAAUCGUUCUUUAAAAUAAAUGCAAAAUUGUUCAGGUCUGGGAAGCGCGACAAAAAAAGUCGCUGGAGGAUAAACGGCAGGAUGAGCUGCGCGUGAUGUACGAGAAAGAGCAGGAAAUUCUCAAUAAUAAGUAGGUUUAUUUGAAAAUUGAAGAAAACUACUCAAAGAAAUGGAAAGAGGACUGAAGGUUACUUGGGGUUACGGUAUCUACCGUUAUGCUAGAGUAAUCCGCACCUAAUUUUAACAUUUACCUCGUUUCUUCCAAAGGUUUCAUCAUAAAAGUAUGGUCUUGAUCCGACCACUCUGGAAAAAGGUGCAAAAAGUAGGAGUAAUGUGUCUACAGUAAUUCUUUCAGUAUUUUUGCCAUCUUCUUCAAUUUUCCUCAUUUCAGAGCACUUUUGGGAGAUGAAAAAGCCAAAAUGGGACUCUCGUUUAUGUACGACGCUCCGGCCGGAAUGACAAAAAGAGAGGAGCCGAAGGUGAUUUGGUUUUUAGCAAAUUGACUUAUUUUCAGUAUAAUUUUCACAUUGUUACACAAAAAAUCACCGUUGUUUUUCUUCGCAGGAAGAGCCGAAAUUCGAGUGGCAACGAAAAUACCAGGCGCCGCGCGAGGACUGGGCCAAAGGGAACGAGGACAUUCAGGACCAGCCGUUCGGGAUUCAAGUGCGCAACGUGCGGUGCUGUAAAUGUCACAAAUGGGGACACAUUAACACGGACCGAGAGUGUCCGCUCUUUGGAAAAUCCGGAAAUUACGAGGACGAAGGAUGUGCGUUUUUUUUUUUGAAGCUUAACUAACAGUGAACAAUCGAAAGUUUUGAAUUUUUUCUUUUAGAAGUUACAUGAAACGUCAAAAUUUUUUUGGAUAAUUGUGUUCAGUAAGGCUUUGUGAGGCCUGAACUUUUGACUCACUUGCAAUGAUCCGAUCGGGUCCAAACUUUGCAGGCUUCUUGGACUUGGAUCGAAGUAUGUUCGAUCCAAGUUUCAGACCAAUCGGAUCAUCCUUUCCCGAGAUAGACAGGGUGAAGGCCGAAAAUUGCGGCCUUCUCUGCCUCCGAUCUACAUAUCUCGAGCCCAGAUAAUCCAAUCAGUCUGAAACUUGGUCUCAAUAUACUUUAAUCCAAGCCAAAGAAGCCUGCAAAGUCUGGACCCGAUCGGAUCAUUGCAAGUGGGCCAAAAGUCCGGGCCUCGAAAAGCCUGGCCCAGCUUUUUGCCGAGGCAAAAUCCGCAAAAAAUUGAGAAAAGAUGUUUUCAGAUGCGAACAACCCGUCGGACCUGAUAAAAGACCUGCGUCGGCGGCGUCAAACGGGCAAAUCGGGACCAUCUCGUGCUCCUGGAGCCGCCGGACCGUCUGGAGACGUGGACGACGAGGAGGAAUGGAUGGAUCACGCGCAGUUGGCGAACGACAUGCGCGAGGAGCACGGAAUCGUGCUCAAAGGGUCCGUUUUGGCGGGAAUGCAGACGGAUCAGCAGCUGAGUCGGAUGAAGAAGGAGAAGAGCGAGGAGGAGCAGAUGCUCGAGUUCUUCAAUUCGAUGAGCGACAAGGAGAAACGGAAGUUGAUGAAGAAACUGACGAGCGGCGAGAGUUUGGAAGAGGCGAUGAGCAAGAAGAACCGGAAGAAGGAGAAGAAGGAGAAAAAGAAGGAGCGCAAGAGAAAGAGGAAGGUGGACAAGAAUGAAGAGGGGGAUAGUGAGGACGAGUGGAAAGGUGCGUGCUUUUUUUGCUUCUCUAGUAUUUUUAAACUACGCUGUCCAUAAUUUCAGAAAAAUUGGCGACGAGAAAAGUGAAAAAAGAGGUGGAGAGUUCGCCGGAAUAUCGAUCGAAUCAAAGAAAGAUCAAGAGGGAAAAUGUGUCUGACGAGGAGAAGCAGGAGAAGCCACGUGGCGGAAAAUGGACAGAAAUGCCGACGAAGAGGACGAGGAGUGUCUCAAAGUCGCCGGAAAGGCAGAGAAAUAGGUACACCCUGAAAAAUGGCUUCUCAAUCCUUUUUCUAUAGCUAGGAGGGUAAAAAAUCCAUGUUUCAAACCAAUUUGUUUGCAGAUCUCCGGCCAGAAAUGAGGAGAAAGCGAAGGUUCGUCGCCACGAUUCUCGGUCCGAAUCUCCGCCGAGAAGACGGUCUCCGGUGGCCAAAAAAGCGAAGAGAUCGGAUUCACCGGUUCGGAGAAGACGGUCCCGGUCUCCGGAUUCACGGAAGAAUAAAUCACCGGUGGCGAGUCUGAGGUGAAUUUUUUUUGCAGUGUUUUUUUAAAUUUUACCGUUUCAUAGAAAUGUAUCAAAAAUCACUUUCAAAAUUCAUAUACGCAUUGUAAAUCUUUCCAAAUUCAGUCAAUAUUAUGUAUUUCUUUUAUACAUAGUGCUUAAAAUCAGAGCUGGGCAUGGCCCUCUUGCAGUUGACCGAUCGGACCCAAAAAAAAUGCUUGGACGUUGCCCUUGGUAUGGAGCAUCUCCAGGGCAAUUUUCAGCUUUUGAUUCAGUUUUCAGCUUCACGUUUCAGUUUCUCGCUAGAUAAGAUGAUCCACUUGUGUCCAAAAAACGGCCGGCGAAUGCCCAGCUCUGUUUAUAAUUUUAAAAAAAUGGGCGGAUUACCGAUUGAAGUGGAGAAAGAAUCUGGGGGCGAGACAAAUACCAUUUGCGCGGUAGAAGAUAAAGGCGAAUAGAAAUAAGUUUCAUGCAAUGCGCCUUUAACUGUCUACCGUCCGCGUUUUUUCGCAAAGCCAUUUCUCAGGCAACGAGAAGGGAAUCGCUCGCCCAGGCCUGGCUUUUCUGUAAAAAUUACCAAAAAAAAAAUUGCAGAGGUAAAUCUCGUUCUCGAUCGCCGGAAACCCGCCGACGACGUCACGAUUCGAGGUCGCCGGCCCGCAAAUCGCCGCGAAGACGUCGUUCUCCGUCUCCGGCGGCCAACAAUUCUAUCAAUAGCAAAAGAAGAGGCUCGCCGCCAAGAAAUCACAGGUAUUUUGUGAACAAUUCUACACUUCCAGAUCACUUGCGGAACAAUGGAGAAGCUCUUGUGAUUCUUCUAGAUUAGAGCUGAAAAAAACAGUAAAAUGGCGAGAAAUUUUAUAUUUCGAUCAGUAAAGCAUUUUUCGCAUUCUCGUGUGACUUUCCAAUAGAAAAAUAGUCUUAAAAAAGCAAAGCUGAAAACAAAUGUACAUUUUCAGAGAGAAAUCGCGAACCCGUUCGCGGUCGCCAAUCCGUCGCGAUCGUCGCCGUCACGACCCAAGAAGCGCUUCGCCGCCCCGAAGAAGACGUGCGGCCGAUUCGAGAUCCAAAUCGCCCGUCAGAAGCCGUGAUGGGUAAGUGUUUCAGGGGGGAAAACGAAUUUUCUCAUUUUCCCAAUUUGUUUUCAGCUCGGAAUCGCCAAAAAUGUGGGGAAAAACCAAGAAACGGCACGAUUCGGACUCGCCUGACUCGGAAUCCGAUGCGAAGCGAUCGUCGAGACGGCAGAGGUGAUUUUUUAAUUUUUCACGGGCUUUUCGUUGGGCGGGGGCAAGCCCUGGACUCUUGUGCCACUUGCAAUUAUCCUAUCAAGCCCAAGCUCUGCAGGCUUCUUUAACUUGGAUUGAAAUAUGUUGGAACCAAGUUUGAGCCCGAUCGGGUCAUCUGGUCCCGAGAUAUGUGGAUCAGAGGCACAAACUGGCCGACAGCCCGGGUUUUUCGACUAACACGGCUUCUGAUCUACCUAUCUCGGGACCCGACGAUCUGAUCGGGCUGAAACUUGGUCCCAAUGACCCUCAAUCCGUGUCCAACAAUCAUGCAAAGUUUGGGUCCGAUCGGAAUAUUGCAAGUGAGUCAAAAGUCCAGGACGAGGGCCAAUUGCCCAGCCCUGAGAUUUUUUAUCUGAAAGUGUGUUUUCAGGUCUCGUUCCCGGUCGCCAGUCGCCUCAAGACGUCGUCGAAGCCGCAGCUGA